AUGAUAAUAUAUUUAAGAACUGAUGGAUAUUAUAGUGGCAAAGAAAAGAUAUCAAUAGUAAAUGAAAAUGUUAGAUCAAAAUUAAUUAGAUGUAGAAGUUAUGUAGUUGACAAAUAUUCAGAUAAACAAUUAUUAUUUUUAAAUGGUAAAGUAUUGAAUGUGCAUAAAUCAUUCUCAGAGAAUAACAUUAAAGAAGGUGAUGUAAUAGAAUGUUCAAUGUUUCCAUUGGCAACAGUUAUCAUUCAUUAUUUAGAACGUAAAAUCAUUGAACAAUGUAAACAAAUGAAGACAUCUGAACCCCAAUCUUAUUUCAAUAUGGGUACACUUAGGAAAAAUUUAAGAAUGGUUAGUGAUAAUUUCGAUAAAAUUAAAUCUUAUCAAUCUGAUGGUUUAAAUGGUUUAAAAUUAUUAUUUAAAGAUAAUGGUAUUUCACACAAUGAAAUUCAAGAGAUUUACUUUAAUUAUGAAACUUUUGAUAUGCCUCAAAAAGAUCCAUUGGAUCAUUUUAUAUCUAGAAUUUAUAAUAAAACCACAUCAACAACAUCAAUACCAAUAGCCUUACCACUUACUAAAAAACCAAUUAUUAAUAAUAAUAAUGAUGAUAGUGGGAUAAUUGUAAAUUUGGACGAUAAUAAUAGUGAUGAUGAGAGAACACCAUCCUCACAGUCAUUUUCGACACCUAAAAAACAACAACAACAACAACAACAACAACAACAACAACAACAACAACAACAACAACAACAACAACAACAAUCAUAUUCAACACCACAAAAACAACAAGCUCAACCUCAGCAACAAUCAUAUUCAACACCACAAAAACAACAAACUCAAGUUCAACAACAAUCAUAUUCAACACCACAAAAGCAACAAACUCCUCAACAGCAACAAACUCAAGUUCAACAACAAUCAUAUUCAAUACCACAAAAACAACAAGCUCAAGUUCAACAACAAUCAUAUUCAACGCCACAGAAGCAACAAACUCCUCAACAGCAACAAGCUCAAGUCCAACAACAAUCAUAUUCAACGCCACAAAAGCAACCAACUCCUCAAGUUCAACAACAAUCAUAUUCAUCAACACCACAAAAGAAUACAAGUUUUGAAUUAGAUAGUUAUUUUGAUGUUGAUAAUGAACUAGAAGUCUUUUCACAACCACAAACACCCUCUCAACAAUCUGAUAAAUCGAAAACAGUUAUUUCACCUAUAUCAACACCUAAAAGCAAAAUCUCUUUAAAUGAUUUCUCACUCAUUAGUCCAAUUUUGAAACACAGUACCAAUAAAAGUGACUUGAAAAAGAACAAUAGUUUUGAUAAAGACAUUGACUUUUUUGAAAAUAAUUUUAAUAUAAAUGUAAAUAGUUUAAAUAAUAGUCUUGGUAGUAGUCAAAAUAGUGCAACUAUUUCGAAUAGCAGUAGUCAAAAUAGUAUCACUGUCUCCCCAAAUAACAGUUCAAAUUGUAUCAAUAACGAUAAUAAUAAUAACAAUAAUAAUAAUAAUAAUAAUAAUAAUAAUAUCAGUAAUAAUUCUCUUGGGAAGAGACCCCUUUCACUAUUCACUUCGACAACAUCUAAUAAAAAACAAACCACAACAACAACUACCACUACUACAACCACCCCUACAUCUACAACACCUACCAAUAAAAAAAAUAUAACAGAUUAUUUUUUAGAUGAUUCCGAAGAUGAAGAUAUUUUUGUAUCUUCAUUAUCUUCACAAUCUUCCAUGUCAAAUAAAUCAAAUUCAUCAUUAAAUAAUUCAAAUAAUAAUAAUAAUAAUAAUAAUAAUAAUAAUAAUAAUAAUAAUAAUAAUAAUAAUAAUAACAAUAAUUGUAAAGGAGGAAAUUCAGAUUUAGAUUUUUUAGAUGAUUUCGAUUUCGGUUAUGAAGAUGAAGAGUUCAUGUUUGAUGAAUAUUCAAUUAAAAAAAGUAGAAAUGAACUCUCUUCUUCUUCUUCGCAACCAUUUAUAAAUACAUGUAUAACUACUUCUACAAAAAUAACAUCAACAAAUUCAAAUAAAUUAUUAUCAAAAUCAGAAUCAAGUUUAGAUACUUUACUUUUCAAAAAACCAAAAACACCUCAAAAAAAACAGAAACACAUUUCUUCACCUUUGCUUCACUCAUCUCAACCAAUCCCUUUAACAAUGGAUUCAUCACUUUCAAAAGAUAUUAAAAAUUCAUUGAUACCAAUAAAAACUCAACCAAUAACAACUACCACUUCCACUACCACUACUAAUAGUAAUACAAAUACUACCAAUAAUAAUGAUAAUAGUAUAAUAAAAAUAGAAAAACCAUUUAAAAGAUUAACAAAUGGAUCAAUACCACCAAUAUUAAUAUUAAAUGCACCACUACCAAAUAGAUUUAAAUUUAAAAGUAAUUUAUUAGAUUUUAAACCAACAUUUCAAUAUCCACCAUUUUCAUUAUUGAUUUCAUUAUCAGAGCUAAAGACAUCAAAAGGUAUAAAGACAGUAUCAGUAAAAGAGAUUAUGGAAGGAGGUCAAAACUAUACCACUCUAUGCGAUACUCGUAAUCCUGAAUUUUCAAUUGAAUUAAAAACACCAAAAUUUGCAAUUACCAAUACAUUGAUGGUUAAUGAUUGUUUAGAAUUGGAGGAAGGUAAAGAAGAUUCAUUCUAUAUCACUGAUUUAGGUUAUCGUUAUGCUAGAAUAUUUCAAGAUUAUCAUAAUGAUUAUUUAGAAUUUUGUAAAGUAAACUCUUUAAGAAUUAAUGUUGCUCAAAAUGAUGUAACCAUUGUAAUUGAUUCAUCAGAGAAAUUAUCAAAUGAAUUUAAAAGAAACUUUAAUGAAAUGGGUAUAAAUUCAAUUAAUACUUUUCAAUUACCAUCUGCUGAUUUUAUUUUCUUAAAAAAGAAUUCAAAUAAUAAUAAUAAUAUCAAUAAUAAUAAGAAUCAUUCAUUCUUUAAUAAUAAUAAUAUUUAUGAUAUUGAUAGUGGUGGUAAUGCAUUAAUGUUUCCAUAUAUAAUUGAAAGAAAAACUUGGAAAGAUUUAAGUGCAUCAGAAAAGGAUGGUCGUAAUGCUAGACAAAUGACAAAGAUGAAAGCUUAUGGUAAAUUAAAAGGUAGAUUCUAUUUGGUUGAAGGUGAACCUUCAAAUUAUAAUUCAGAAUAUCAAGUUACAACAAUUGAAGAAUUAAAAAAGAGAUUAGAUCUUUUAACUACUGCUGAUAAUUUUACAAUCAUUAAAACAAAUUCACCCUAUGAUACAACUCGUCAAAUUGCUAUAAUUGCAAAAAUGUUAUCAACUGAUCCAAUUUUAUCAAAUCCUUCAAAUUUAUUAUUAUAUAAUGAUUUUAAAGAUGCUGUAACUAAAUCAAAUUAUGAAAAAUAUCAUCAAAAUAAUAAUAUUAAUAUUAAUAAUAUCAACAAUAAUAUCAAUAAUAAUAAUCCAAUUAUGGAAUUAGCAUUAACACAAAUGGCUGAUCAAACUGAUUUAUCAGUUAUAGAACAUUCAAAAUCUAAAUCUGAAAAAAUAUGGUUUCAAAUGACAAUUGAUCAAUUUAAAGAGUAUAUUCUAUCAUCAGAUUAUAGAGAUCAAAUUAGAAAUACAAUGAAUAAUAAUGAAUAUAGUUCAAAAAGAAAGAUUCUUAUUAUAAAUGAAUUUAAUAAAUUUAAAGUACAACAACAGAAAUCUCAUAAUCAAUUAUUUCAAGAUUACCUUUAUCAAAGAUAUAAUAAUAGAAGUGUAAAUAAUAUUUCUAAAAGUUUUAGAAAUGAAAAAAGUUUAUUACUCUCUGAUUAUUUAGAUAAUGAUAUAAUUAAUCAUUAUCUAUUACAAUUGAUUCUACAUUUUAAUCUUCAAAUAUUUAUUCAAUUUCAUGAUAGUGAACGUGGAAAUGUUGAAUCAUUUUCAUCAUUUUCAAAAUCAAUUGAAAAAGCAAUUCAACUAAAUCAAGAUUAUCAACACAAUCUAAAAUUUAAAACUAUAUUUGCCAAAACAAUUCCAGUUUUUAGAUCGAUAAAACAACAAAGAUUAGAAGAUUCAAUUAAUUAUAGAAAUGAAUUAGAAAAUUUUAAUAAUAAUAAUAAUAAUAAUAAUAAUAAUAAUAAUAAUAAUAAUAAUAAUAAUAAUAAUAAUAAUAAAAAUAAUAAUAAUAAUAAUAAAAAUCAAUUUAGUUAUAUUGAUGAUAUUAUUGAUUUAGAUGAUGAUUAA